AUAGCGACCGCAGCGAUUACCGUAGCAACCAUGGCUGAGAGCAAGGAACCUGUUACAAAAGCAUCUUUAAAACAACAGGUGGAAGCGUUAAGGGAGCCUAUCUCAGAAUAAAAAGUGGAGGAAACCCUGGAUGAAGUGCCAACCCAUAACAGGGGUCACACAUUCACACAAUUUGGAAAUGCUGGGGGAGGAAACUGGAGUACCCAGAGGAAAUCCCUGACGCAUGGGGAGAACAUGCAAACACCACACACACAGGGCAGAGGCGGGAUUCAAACCCCCAACCAUGGAGGUGCGAGACACUCAAAUGCAGUUCUUCAGACAGAGAACGAGAUUUUUGAGAGCUUCCUCAGUCGGCUGGAUUCUCUCAGCCUGGACUCACAGCUUGCGCUACCCCAGUCUAAGAAGGGAGCGGGUCAGAGAGGCAGAUUCGAAAGAUGCAGACCGUCUCAGAAGCCACCGAGACUCCUGAAUCAGGAACAGAAGUAUUGCAUUGCCAUGUGUGAGAUGGAAGAGACCAGAAAAGAGCUGGAGCAGUACAGAAUAAGUUUAGCAAGAAAUGCCGAGUACUAUAAGGCUGCUAUAGAGGACUCUGAAAUGCGGCUGGCAGAAAUUAAGAGGGAGAGACAUCACUUUGAAGAGUUUGUUGAUAAAAUUCGACAGACAACCUGGGUUCGGGAACAGAGGGCACAGAAGGUCAUCGGGUACAUCGAGCGUAAAAUUAAAGCAAAGGAAACUCUGACAGAGAGGAUGCAUAGGAGGAACAAGUUUCUGCAGAUGCAAAACUUGAAGCAGCAGCGCAUGGUGCAUCAGAAGGAACAGAUGCAAGAGACACCGAGCUGGGUUGACUUAGAGCACCUGAAGCAAAUGAACACCCAGUGCCAGAGGCGUCUGCAAAAGUUCCAAGAGCAGCUGCUAAGUCAAAGAAUGCUGGUUCGAAAGAGUCGGCAAAGCCUGAACAUUUACAAGGAGCGUCUCAAGAAGGAAAUGCAGGAGUCGGAGUCGCUGAGCAGAAAAAUCGCCUCACAUGAGGAAAGGCUGUCGAAGAUCAGAGAGAAACAGCAGAAGGUCGAGAAGGAGCGAGUUCAGGCUGAGGCUCUGAACAAGAAGCUGAAAGCCCAGUUGGCUAAUUUCCGCGUCCCUGAUGUCAUGAAAUAUGUCGAGGCCAAAGCCACGAAUGAUCGGCUCAGGCAGACCGUCAAAUCCUUGGAGCGCAAAGCGAGGGUUGCUGAGAUGGCAUUGAAGACUAAGAAAAAGAGUCCAGAAGAAUCAUCAGGCUGCAGUAGGAGCAGUGACCACUAAUCCAUGAUGACCAUAACCUAGGACUGCACGAUUAUGGCCAAAAUGAUAAUCCUGAUUAUUUUGAUCAAUAUUGAGAUCUCGAUUAUUUAUCAUGAUUAUUAAUUGAUUUUAGUGUCAACAUAUGUUUAUUGCACUUUCACAUUUAUUAAGUUUUCUCAUGCCACAAUAUAACACACAAGUAGGCAUGUGAAAACUUGAGCUGGUCAAUUAUGACAGAAUUUAGGAACAUAGUGUGAGCCAUGACAAAUUAAUUUACCUUCUGAUAAACUAAAUGUAAUAUUUUCAGUUAAUUUUACAGACUGUAUGCAAAAAACAACCGUUAACCUGUUCCACCUUGUAAACAAAUACAAUAAACAUCAAUGUUCAGUGCUUGAAUCUACACUAUUAGACAUUUUCCACUGUCAUGGUUCUGGGCUGGAGUCAGUUCUCGAACCGCUCUGUGUAUAUUGUGUAUAUAUCUGAAUAAUCUCAUAUAGGAUGUGAUUGGGUGAGUUCAUUUACCCAUCAGAUGGGAAGCGCUUUAGUUUAAUGGUGUUCAUUACUGACACUCCGAUCAGGAUUUUUACGACUGAUACCGAUCCAGAUACCAAUCUUUUUUUGUUUAAACUUUAAUCAGGAGUUCUGUCAUAAACAGUUAAAUGUAAGCUCUCUGCUCAUGGUCACUGUUAAUUGAAUUAAAAUAAUAGCAAUGAGAUACUGUUGGUUAAUUGAUACACAAGGAUAAAAUAUUUAUUUUUAAAAUAUCUUAAAAACAAUCAAGAGUCCUAAUUAAAAGUAGACUAACACAAAAAUGAUCCAUAUUAGGAAAAAGGCUAAUAGCUUUCUAAUGAAAUAGCUUACUAAGCUUAAUGUCAAAUUGAUAUUAAAUGCAACCCAUAGUAAUUAAACAUU